AUGAAAGAAGAAAAAAACAAUAGUGAAAAUAAUGAAAAUAAAUACUUGUCUCAUUUAUAUUCAUUUUUAAACUCGAAUUAUAUUAAAAGCUCAUUUGAAAGUAAAUCAGAAAAUGUGCAAAACAAAAACAAAAAGAAACAUUUAUCAUCCCGAAAGGCAUAUAGAUAUCUAAUCAGGAAAUUUAAAAAGGUUGCGAUAGAAUGUGACUUAUACUUUGAGGAGAUAGAAAUUAAAAAUGAAAACGAGAAAUUGUUCAUACAAUUGUUUGGUAAAAACACUGUAACUUUAAAAAAACUUUAUAAGAAAAAAAAAACAAUUGAUCAUUACUUUUUUCUACUUUUAUUAUUUAAUAUUUUAUCUAAUCUCCCAUAUUCCAUUAUACCUAUCCAAAAGUUUGUUGACAUUUGCGAUAGUUAUAUAGGUUAUGGGGUUCAUCUCUUGAUAAAUUUGAAUAGCACUUUAUAUAAUAAAAAGAAAAAAAUUCACAAAAUAUUUUUUGAUCCGGUGUUUUAUUUGUUUACAUCACUAUGGAAUAAUCACCAUUUUCAAAUAUCGUUAUCAAAUACUAUGGUAAUUUUAUUUUUCUUUUACAAAAUAUAUAUUAUAUUGAAAAAACUGGAAAUAAGAAAUGUGAAUUUAUUUGAUAACAUCUAUAUAUUAUGUUCUUCUUAUGUAAACAAGAUAAAUUCAACAUUAUGGUUUAGCAUGUACCUCAUCAUGAAACGUAUGCUCAUUGACGAGUGCGAAAUAAAGAUUAUUAAAAAGAAAAAGACGUAUUUAAUAUUACCCAUAUUUAUCGACAUUAUAAAAAUUUUGGAUGUAUAUGAUGAGAUAAUAAAAAAGACAAACAUCGAGCCCUUGAUCAAAUUAUAUGAGGAAUUAAAAUUAUUUUUACUUUAUUUUUUCCAUAAAUUAUUAUAUAAUUUAUUAACUGAACAAGAUAAUUUACCUCGAAAUAUUUUCAAAUAUUUACAAAUAAACAAUAAUAUAAUAUAUAAUAAGAAAAAAAAAUAUAACAAUUUGUUAUCGUAUAACUCUAAAAAAAAAGAUUCGAGUGAAUUUUUUAAUAGUUAUUAUAGAUAUACAAAUUCGAUAAAUGAAAACGUUGUGUUCUUAUCAUUUUUUGAAAACUUUUAUUUCUUUAAUACAUUUACGAAUAAUGGACAAGCUUCCAGUUCUUUUCCCUCCUUAUCCUUUUCUUUUAAUUCGAUAGGUUCAUCUAUUGAAUCGGAUGAAGGGGAUAUGUAUAAGGAUACUAAUGUUGUACAUGACAAAAUGGAAGUAUAUAAUCAUAAUAAUAAUAAUAAUAAUAAUUAUAUAUAUGACAAAAGUGGGAAAGCAUUUUCUCAGAAAAAUGAAUAUGAAGAUAUAAUAAUAACAAAAGAUCACACAGCCCUCAACAAUCAUGAAUAUGAUCAUCUUUCCUCAAAACAUGAUGAUAACUAUAAUGAUAAUAAUAAUAAUAAUAAUAAUUGUAAUAAUAAUUGUAAUAAUUAUUAUAAUAAUGCGAGUUUGAUGAAAAAUGAGAAAUCUUCUCAGAUAAUAAAAAUGUAUAAAAACAAAAUCGACAUACUAAAUAUGCAAUAUAAUCAUUUUUUUGUGCACAGGUGUAAAAAUGAGGGGAAGUGCAUUUUAUUGAUCAAAAGUUAUUUUAACGAUUAUUUGUGUGCUCUAGUAAAUAGUUUGUAUAUAUAUUCGAAAGAUAUAUAUUCUAUCAAGAAUUUUAAUUCGAAGGGCGAAGGGAAAAAUAAAUGGAAAGACAAAAAUGAAAAUGAUCAAAAUGGUGAUAAUAUUAUUAAUGAUGAUAAUAUUAUUAAUGAUGAUAAUAUUAUUAAUGAUGAUAAUAUUAUUAAUGAUGAUAAUGUUAUUAAUGAUGAUAAUGUUAUUAAUGGUGAUAAUAUUAUUAAUGAUGAUAAUGUUAUUUAUGAUGAUAAUAUUAUUAAUGAUAAUAAUAUUAUUAAUGAUAAUAAUAUUAUUAAUGAUGAUAAUAUUAUUAAUGAUAAUAAUAUUAUUUAUGAUAAUAAUAUUAUUUAUGAUGAUAUCCUUAAUAAUAAGAACCUAUCAAAAUACAAAAUGAAAGAUGUUAGAGGAAAACAAAAUUUUCGUAAUAGCGAAACACAUGUUAUAUAUCAAAAUAGCAAAAGUUCUCAAAAUAAAGAAUCGAAGUACUCAACUAUUAUGAAUCAUAAGAAAGAUGAUACAUAUUCAUUUAAGACACAUAAGAGGAAUGAUGUUCAUUUUAAUAUUAUCCAUAAACAGAAGAUAGAAGAACAUCAUGGGAAUAAAGAAAAAAAAGAAAGAAAAAUUAUUAAAAAGCAAAAUAAGAUUAUAAGUAAAAAUAAAAAAGAGUAUAAAAAAGGAAAAAAAAAAAAAAAAUUUGGAGAAAAUUAUAUACCAAUUUUAAAUACACUUAUAAGUUUUAUUGAAGUGAUAUAUAAAAAUGUGUUUAAAAAGGUUUUAAUAAAAAUAAGUAAAAGUAAAAGUAUAAAUGAUUUAAAAUUAUAUUCUUAUAUAGAAAAAAUAUAUGAAUAUAAUACAUAUUACUGUCUUAAAAAUCGAUUGAAAAAAUUUUGUUUUACAUUAUUUUUCUCGGUUACUUUAAAAAAUUUAAUUAAAUGUUAUAUUUGUAAAAUAAAAAGAGAAGAAUUAAAUAAAAGCAACUUUGAGAAAUUUCAAUCGACAUUAAUAUAUGAUACAUGUAGUUUUAUAAAUAUAUAUAAUCAGCUAGGUCAAACAAAUUUUAAAGAUAUAUUUAGAAAUAAAUAUGUAAACUUUUUAAUAUAUAUAAAAAAUAUAUUAACCUUACCAUAUGACAAAUUGUUGAGAGUACCUAUAAAGAACAAGUACUUUUUUUUUUAUAUUAAAAAUAAAAGAAUAGAUAUACCAUUUCAAAAAUUUUUUAAUGAAUAUAAAAUAAAAAAUGAAAAAAUAUUCCAUGCUAAUAAAAAUGGAAAAUCAUUAUUAUUGGAUAGAUAUCAUUAUCUUUUAAACGAAGCAAAAGGAAACACUAUGAGUUGUAGGAACACUAGUAAAAGUUCUUUAUUCUUUUUAAAAAACUCGAAUAGUAUGCAUGAAAAAAUAUAUAAUAUCUUGAAAACAUUUAAUCCCUUGAAUAAUUUGUAUUCAAAAGUGAAUGAGGAAGAUCAGGAAGGGGUAAUAAAUUCGUAUAACAAUGAUGAGUUUGAAGACGAGUAUACUUCGAUAAAAACGUAUGAUAGUAAAAAUAAUAUAUACAUGGAUAAUUAUGAUGAAAACGAGGAACAUAAUAAGGACAACGUAUAUUACAGUAGUAUCAGCAGUACAUCAAGUAGUAAAACGGAAACGAAUAUAAGUAACACGGAUGUGUCUACUAGUAGUAAGAGUAGUUGUAAAUAUAGAAAUAAGGAUAGUGUUAAUAGUAGUGAUAUAAUAAUAAGCAGUGUAGAUAAUAUGGGUAACCAAGAUAAUGAAGGUAAUAAAUUAUGCAGAAAUGUAAAUAAGGAAGUCGAUUUAAAGAAACGAAAAAGUAUAUAUGAAGAAAAAAAAAGGGAUUAUAUAUCAUGUAGUGGUGAUAAUAAAAAUGAUGAUGAUAAAAAUGAUGAUAAUAAAAAUGACGAUGAUAAAAAUGACGAUGAUAAAAAUGACGAUGAUAAAAAUGACGAUGAUAAAAAUGACGAUGAUAAAAAUGACGAUGAUAAAAAUGACGAUGAUGAUGAUAAUAAAAAUGAUAAUCAUAAUAAUAAUAUUAGUAGUAGUAGUAGUAGUUGUUGUAGCCAUUUCUCCUUCUCAUAUAAUACAAUUGAUGAUAAAAAAAAAAAAGGAAAAAAGAAAAAAAAAGAAACCGAAAGCUAUUAUGAUGUCAGCAGUAUGAAUAGUAAUGAUCUAUAUGAAGAAAAACAAAAUAUCCAAACAAUAUUUCAAAGAAAAAAAAAAAUAAAUAACAAUAAUAUGAAGAAUCCUUUUGAAAUGAAUAUUAAUGAAAAAAAAAAUAGUAUAAAGGUAUAUAUAAAGAAUUCAAAUCAACAAUAUGAUCGGAAAAUAUUACUUUUAAAAGAUGAUAAAAUUUAUUUUUAUAAUUCAGAAUAUUCCAUAACAUAUGAUUCAUUUUAUUUUCUUAUGGAAAUAAAAAAAAUUUAUUCAUGUGAUGGAUUUUUUGAUUCAUUAAUAAAUUCGGAAAAGUUGAGUUCAGUUAAUUCUUCCUAUACAUCAACAGAAGAUAAUGAAUUUUAUUCAAGGAAAAAAGAUACACUCUCUUCAGAAAGUGAAUGGCAAAAAUGUGGAUAUGAUGCAAAAAUUAUAUUCCAUAAUUCACUGAGGAAAAAUAUCCAGCUCAUGUUUAUAGAUCAAGGAUAUGAAAAAUUCGUAACCAAAAUUAACAACGAAUUAGUUCAUGAAAUGGACAGAUCAUAUGAAUAUAUAAACUUAAGUUAUGAUAAAGAGCAAGAAAAGGAAUAUGUAAAUAAUUAUUUAAAUAAUUAUAUUGAUCCAGAAAAAAAUAAUGAAAUCUAUUUUAGUACAAAUAGUGAUACUAUUUCAGAAGUAGAUGAAACCAAUUAUCAUGAAAAGGUAAAUAAUAAAUCGAUAGAACAAUACAAAAAUUUUGAAAAAGAUGAAUCCUUAAUAAAUCAUCAAUCCAUAGAAAACAAAAGAAACACACAAAAUGAAUUAGAUGAUAAUGAACAAAAUAUAUUAAACAAUAUUUUAAAAAAUAACAAUCAUUUUUUCAAGGAAAAAAAUAUAUAUAAUUCUCAAAAUGAAUCGUAUGCAGACUCCCCAAGUUGCUCACAAUAUAUGUCACAAAAUAUGUCACAAAAUUUAUCACAAAAUAUGUCGCAAAAUUUAUCACAAAAUAUGUCACAAAAUUUAUCACCCAUUUAUCAGAACCUAGUUGAAUACAAAUAUGCAUCCAGCACCACCGAUAUAUAUAUUAAAGAAAAAAAUUAUUUUUCCAAAAAAAAAAAAAUUAAAGUAAAAAAGGAAAAUAAAAUGAAACUCUUUAGAAAUAUAAAUAAAAAUGAUAUUUAUAAUUUGUUUCACGAAGAAAUAUGUAGAUUAUGUAAAAAUAAAAAUAAUCACAUUUCUAAGACAAAAGCUGAUGACCUUUUCUUUUAUAAAUCUGUAAAUAAGUUAUAUCACUCGGUUAAUAUUUCGUGA